AGACAACAUUUUGUAUAGCUGAAAGAGGUCAGGGAAUGUACGGCGGGUGUAGACACUUUGAAAUUCUUACAUAUAUUUUUACAUCAAUUUCUAUUUCAACAUGAAACAAAGCAGUCUUGGUAGACUUCUUUUGACAUCAUCUGGAGCAAAUCGUCUGCACAGAUACAAUAUGUCUUCGAAACAGCCACCAUCACAGGUGAGCGCUGGAGCCGACCGUUUGGGCUACAGUUCCGGUGGAAUCAAGUCCGGUACGGCCGCAGCUGACCAAAUGGCCAGCACUGCGAAGGAUCACGGUGGCAAAGUCCCAGCAGGAAGCCCGGUCUCUCAUAUGCAGUCCUCCGGAAGCAAGGGCCAAAGCUCUAAAGGCGGAAGCAAGGGCCAAAGCUCUAAAGGCGGCGGCGGUGGCGGACGUAGGAAGUAGACUGGACAUUCGGGACCGGUCAAGAUAACAAUGGUUGAUCGAGGCGAACUAGAUAGUCAUUAAAAAAAAAUAUUGACGUAUAAUUAUUAUUUUGAUUCCAAUUUCAUCCCAUCAUGCCUGUACCCAUGUUAAGUAGCAUAAGCCUAGUAGGUGUGGGGUGGAGGGGUUCAAGGAGGACCAGCUAGCUCCUCCAUUGAUUGUUGACGACUAAACAUAUAUCUACAUUUGCUGGCUGUAUCUGACGUGCAUGUCACCCACGUUCGGUCUUCGCCGCCUUAUAAAAAAAAACCUCAUAUGAUUGACGCCUCGGAGUAGGCUAAGUCUAACGCUAAUAAAAAUUGCAUUUAAAGGAGGUAAUUUUUAUUCAAGGAACUCCAGUCUACUCAUUAUUUUCCCUGAAUUUUAAAAGAAUAAAAGUAGCCUUUAAAAAUUUGCAAAGUUUCCCCAGGUUUUCAUUGGCCAAAUGAUAGCAAAGGUGAUGAUGAUGAUGAUGAUGAUGAUGAUAAUGAUGAUUUAUUGUGCAGUGCUCUACUUUCAAUGUUGCUCGCCGAAAAAUUUAAUUUCUUUCUUAUUAUCCUUCGUUUCAUGAUGUUUUUCUUUCUAGAACGUUGUCAUUUCGAAAAGUGCACCAAUUGCGGCAUUAUAAAUGACGGCACGGAGGCCAAAUACCCUUGAAUUUCCAAUAUCAAAGUAUGUCUUUCAAUGUGCAAAAACAAGUUUAUGUAUUCGUAUUCGUGUAAAAUGUAAACGAUAAGGCCUACAGCUAUUGUGUAAUUGUAGUAAUGACAUGUAAUUGGUCCUUUAUUUAAUAUUAAAAUAUGACCUUUAAUGUACAGUACAAAUUGUUUCAUCCUUACCCUGUCUGUUUGAUUUAAUUCUAAUAAAAUGUCCGCAAAUUCGGAAAACACUUGUUAUCAUGUACAAAACCAUGCGAUUGGGCCUACCCAUUUGUAAAGUGUAAAAGAUUAGAAUGAAAAAAAAAGAAAAUUGUUUGGUUAAUCAGUUAUUUCGUUUGUCCGUUCUAGUUGCCCGUAACGAAUCAAAUACCUUUAAUUUCCUCCCUCUCUCUCAAUUUUUUUAAAAUUUCAUCUGUCAAUGAGUAUCUGUAAUUGUCUAAUAUUCUACAUUAAAAAGCCUCGAAUGAAAGAAAA